AAUAUCGGCAGUUAAUACUUAUUACAGUUUCACAAACAGGCCGGAUUAUUUUUAAGAUGUCUGUACUACGAGCGAUAGCGGUGUUCCUCUGCGGGUUUUUUACGUUGCGGCUGUGCAGAGCCCAACUGGUGUUCCCUGGAGCAUGCCCUGAUGUAGCUGCUAUGACUGACUUUGAUGCAAGCAGAUACUUGGGAAAAUGGUAUGAAGCUGAGAAAUAUUUCGCUGCAUUCGAAUUCGGUGGGAGGUGUAUCACUGCUAAUUACGGCCUCAAGGACAAUGGCGUAGUCAGUGUCCUCAAUCAACAAAUAAGCACAUUUACGGGAAUGAAGUCCGAAAUAGAAGGAGAAGCUAUGCAAGUAAGUCGUUCAGAUGAGGGGAAACUAUCUGUUCGGUUCCCGUCGCUUCCAGUCAACGUGGCUGCUCCGUACUGGAUAGUAGACACAGAUUACGACAACUAUAGCCUGGUAUGGAGCUGCUACGACUUCGGAAUCUUCCAUACAAGAAAUUCUUGGCUGCUUACCAGAGAGAGGAAUCCACCGUUGGACGUUCUAGAGAAAGCUUAUACAUCAGCCGAUAAGAAUAAUAUCAACCGCGCUUAUUUCAUGCGGACAGACCAGAAAAAUUGUCCCAAUGACGAAUAA